GUUGUGUCGACCGCGUAUUUAACAAAAAUUGCAGAUUUUCGCAUUCUCGAUGCAUUGAACUGACUGAACAAUGGAUCAGUAUCUAAAGAAUGGAGCAGAAAUAUUUAAAAACUUCUGCUCCUCUACCAACAAUCAACAAAUGAUGCUGCCAAGAGCACCGGAUCAAACCUACAUCGACCUCUACCCUGACAAAGAUGACCCAGAGUCCAGCUUUAACUUUAGAGAGGAGAGACAACAUCAAUCUGACUAUGAAGCCGAAGUGGUUGUUUAUAGAGCUUUGGAGGGAAAGGAUGGAAAUAUGAUCGUGCUUCAUAAUUUUGAAUUCACACAUCACCAAUAUCGUUUGUGUGACAAAGGUCAUGUAAGAAGAGGAUGUCCUAAAUGCAAGGGUAAAAAGGCGGAAAACAAGGAAGGAGAGUGCGAUUUUUUAAUCAUCUGUCCAGAAUUGUUUGUGGUGAUUGAAGUAAAGAACAUGAAGAAUGUUGAGAGAGAAGUUGUGGAAUGUGAACCAGACUUGUGCACAGUUGGUGAAGACAGCCAGCAACCUGGGCGUCUGACAAUGGAUCAGCAGUUGGAAGCUUUGAAUGGAACAUUCAAGAAAUCCAUUGAACAGAGGAAUAAGAUGGUGAAACUGAUUGACUGCAUAGAUGAAGGUAUGGUUACUCUUCAGUUUACUGCUUAUCCCAAUUUCAGUAAAGCGUAUCGGGAAGACUUCAGCGGUUCAGGCGACCAAAAUUCAACCAUCAUUUUCAAAGAAGAUUUAGAGAACUUUGAUAUUUGGUGGUCGGAGAAUGUGAGCAAAAGUUCCCUUGUCCAUAACAACCCCACCUCUGAUUCACAAGAGUUUUCGACAAAGCAUGAGAAAAUUAGGAACAUGCUUCUAGCCAUUUGGAGCACAGACAAAAAUAAUUUCAACCAGGCAAAGUGCAGUUUAGGGCAUUGCAUCUUGGACAUAGACAAACGGCUCAAGGAAGGACUAUUCACUUUUAAGCCUAAGAAAGGGAAGAGUCGCGAACAAAAUCCUGGGGUUGUAAAAGCUCCUGAUGUCAUCAGAAACUACAUUAAAAUUGAGAACGUUACAGCUGAACAAUAUAACGUUUUUAAUUCAGACGAGAAAUUGGUGUGGAUUAGUGGACCCGCAGGGGCGGGCAAAACUGUAAUAAUGUGUGGCAAGAUCAUACAGCUAGUUCAAUCCGCCAAGGAAAUUAAAGUUGUGUUAUUCAGAAUAACUGGGGGAGGAAACAAUACCCAGGUUUACCAACGAGCACUGCAGAACGCGGAUGUAAACCACGAGAAAGUAAUCACUGAUUGGGAUAAAUAUACUCCCUCGGAACUGUGUGAUUACAUAGCAGAGAGUGCGUGUAGAGUCAUCAUUGUGGAGAUAACACGUUAUCUUCCGAUCAAAGAGUUUUUAGGAAGACUCAGCAAAUUUGAGGAUUGUCAUUUGUUCUUCGAUGAUUUACAAAGAGUGAUGUUUAGUAUCACACCCGAACAGUGUGGGGUUUUGAUUGACAAUUUAUUGAAGUUGUCAUUAAGAAAGUAUAUCUGGAUUGCUUGUGACAUGGGACAGGAUUGUUACUUACAGGAGAGUACGAAACAAUAUCUACAGAACGUGAUGGAGUUAUCGAAUGUGAUUACCGAUAAAUUAAACCCAAAUCAGAGAGUAAUUUUAUCCAUGAAUUUAAGGAACACCUUUGAUCUAUCGAAAGUUUUAACAAUUAUCAGAGAUCGAUUUAUUGGAUUAAUUUCGAAGAGGUUGGAUAUUUUAGAGAUGGUUUUACCAAGACAGGUCCCAGGUCAUUUCAUUCAUGGCCCAAAAUCUGUCAUUCACAUUUUGGACAGUUACAAUGUUAGUACUAUUGGCGAGGUACUGAUUAAGGAAUUAAAUAAAUUGUGUAACGUUAACGGAUUAAAUAAUUCCGAUGUCGGUAUUGUUUUUAACUAUCUCAGGGACAGUAGUGAUGUUUUAUCGCUUGUAGAAGACAUUGUCCAUAAGCGGAAUGAAAACAUUGAUGAUAAGAUGAUAGCAUGUUACAGUAGGAACAGCUACUCUGCCGAGUGGCCUGCAGUGGUUGUGUUACAUAAAAUGUACGAGCUGAGCGAGGGAAACAUGUCUAGACUUUACUUGAAGAUUUCACGAGCACGUGUUUUCUGCUCUGUUGUUAUUUACCCAGAGAAGGGCAAAACCUUAGAAGAUUAUGGAGAUGUUUUAGAUUUUUUAAAUAAACUGAGAUCUCACGCACAUAUUGUUCGACAUUGUCAUUAGAUUAAUAUGAAAUAAAUGACAGUUUUUAAACGACAAUUUUGAAUUGAUCGUGAUUUUUAUCACAAGUAUAUUAUAUUUUUAA